AUGGAAGCAGACAAGUGGACAUCAGCACUGAAAAUAUAUGUAGUUUCAUCAGUAUUGGGCGGCGCCAUCGAAGCGAUCCGUCGAUUCGCCGUCAAAAUUGCGGAAUUUUUCAUGGACGCCAAUGAUUUUCCAAGACUUUUUUACACAAGUAUGCCCUCGAGCAGCACUUCAACCUACCGCUCCGACAGAUUUUCGGCUUGUUUUUCGCCGUUAAUUCUUCGUGAAGACUUCAGAAGACACUCGACGUCUUCUUCUUUUCCCACGUCUUCUUCAAACGAAUCGGUGGAGACAAAGAAGAAUUCAGAAGAAGAAAACGUGGAAAUUGUGUCGGUGAAAUCUGAACUUUCGGAGAAAAUCGAGGAGACGAGAGUGUCGGACUGCGACUACUCACUGAAUACAUUCUACACUGCUCACGAGGUCACUUCAAUGAUCAGUAGAAACACCCACGACAAAACUCUCACACCGGAUGAUCAAAACCGUACAUUCAACACCAAUCAGCAGAAUUCAUCAGACGACGUCGCAGACUCCAGAAGCCUCAAUUCGUCGUUCGGAUUCGACGGUCACGUGGCUUUUGUAGAUGAGCCAACUGAGAAUAGUCCUCAACCACAACAGCCACCGCAUCAUUUCCAAUUGCCAACGCUUCUUGUUACUUCAACGCCAUCCACGGUUUUCGAUCAGAACGACGACGAUAUAUUCUUCCCUCCACAAUCCCCAUAUCACCCACCAUCUCGUCAAUAUUCAUCAUCAAGUGAACCGAUGAUGAGUGGUCUCACAUUCCAACUUCAAUCUGGAAUUCACAAAAAAUCAGUUGCUGUCGAAGCAAAUGAAAUCGCUUUGAGAGAUUUGAGACAUGAGGCGUUCCAGUUUGUCAAGGAGAUUUACCCGGAAAAGAAAUGUGGAUCACUAGAAGACUACAUCUUACUGUACAAACAUGAUCUCCGAUCAAUCAAUAUUCUUCAAUUAAUCACCACGUCAUCAGAUGUAACAGAUGGAACACUCGUUGAAGUUGUUAUUGGAUGUAUGAUGACGAAGAGAGAGCAGAAGAUGGAAGAAGAUGUUUUGUGUGGAUUAAAUGAAGAGAAAAAGAGAGAAGAAGCUCAUCAGAUUACGAAGAAGAAAAAUAAGAUGUUGCCACUCUCUUCUUCUAUAUCUUCAUAUCUCCAACUUCUGGAUGCUCGAUGCUUUUCUCCGAUUCUUUUUUCACCGCAAAGUUACCAAGCUAUUUGUGUAGUUCUUGCUGAAAACGCAGACCAUUAUUAA